CUCUUAUUGGUUACACAAGAACACACCUCUUCGACCAACGUGAAAGGGGAAGGCUUGUGAUAAUGAAAACAAAUCAGCUGUUGAAAGUAUGGAGGACGGCCUUUUCUCAGGGGAAGGCGGGCACUGCCACCAUGGCUCAGGUCAAUACUGUCCUACAGGGGGAGCUAGAGGGCAUUAAGGAGGCUGGGACGUGGAAAGGGGAGAGAAUUAUCACCUCCAAACAAGGACCAAGCAUUCAUGUACAGGGAAAUAAAAACGACAUCCUCAAUUUCUGUGCCAAUAACUACCUUGGCCUAUCAAGUCAUCCUGAAGUGAUUGAGGCAGGCAAAAAAGCACUGGACACACAUGGAGCUGGUCUGAGUUCUGUCAGAUUUAUAUGUGGCACCAUGGACUUGCAUAAAGAACUGGAGGAGAAAAUUGCUAAAUUUCAUGGAAAGGAGGACUCCAUCUUGUAUGCCAGUUGUUUUGAUGCCAAUGCAGGUAUUUUUGAGGUUCUCCUGAGUGCAGAGGAUGCUGUGAUUUCGGAUGAACUAAAUCACGCCUCCAUCAUUGAUGGGAUCCGACUCUGUAAAGCCAAGAGACUUCGCUACCAGCACAGAAACAUGGCAGAUCUGGAGGGACAGCUGACUGAUGCCAAGGACUGUAAGAAGAAGCUUAUAGCCACAGAUGGAGUGUUCAGCAUGGAUGGAAAUGUUGCCCCAUUGCCAGAGAUCUGCAAUUUGGCUGAGAAACAUGGAGCUGUGGUGUUUAUUGAUGAGUGCCACGGAACAGGAUUCUUUGGACCCACCGGACGAGGCACUGAUGAGCAUUUUGGAGUCGGUAACAAGAUAGAUAUCAUUAACUCGACCCUCGGUAAAGCUUUAGGAGGGGCUGCUGGUGGUUACACAGCAGGACCAAAGGAACUGAUCUCAUUGCUUCGUCAGAGGUCAAGGCCAUAUUUGUUCUCCAAUGCCCUGCCCCCACCAGUUGUGGCAUGUGCUAGUAAGGCUAUUGAUUUGAUCACCAGUAACUCUGAUCUUCCUCAGAAGGUACUCAGCAACACUGUGCAAUUCCGAUCACGCAUGUCAGAGGCUGGCUUCAACCUGGGUGGAGACCCAGAACAUCCCAUUUGCCCAGUCAUGCUGCAGGAUGCACGACUCGCCAACUUAUUUGCAGAUGAAAUGUUGGAGAGGGGGAUCUAUGUAAUAGGAUUCAGCUACCCCGUGGUACCCAAGGGCAAGGCUCGUAUACGUGUCCAGCUGUCAGCUGCCCAUUCUCAAGCCGAGGUUGACCGAGCUGUGGACGCUUUUAUAGAAAUAGGUCGCAAACUCAAGGUCAUUAAUUGAAGAUGACCAUAUUUCAUGUUUGGUGAUUUUUUGUGUGCAUCUAUUAAUUCUGUUUGUUUGAAAAGGUGGGUUUUUUUGUUGAAAAAAGUAUGAUUUAUAUUUUUUUGAAAAUGACAUGUACUACUUAUUUUAAAAAUGAUAAACUUCAUUGUAAACAGCAUAUCAUGCAAUAAGACUCUAAGAAUCUCAUUUUGAUAAGAAAAAUCCCUUUAUAAGAAAGUCUUCCUAUGGGAUUACUUAAAGGUAUUGAUUUGUGUGUCUAGUGUUAUUACAACCAGCUCUCUACUCAGAUGAUUUUAUUUCCCUAUUUCAUGUAUGACAGACAUGGUAAUUUUAUUUAAACCAUCUAUUUUUGAGAUUAUUAUUAUCAUAUUUUUUUUUUACAUAUGUUAUUAUUUCAUGUAAAAAUAAAUUUACAUUCCAAAAAUAUCUCAGAUUUGCACUUCGGUGUAUUUGACCGUAUUAAUUAUUAAUUAAUGUGUUGAUUUAACAUUCCUAAGGUAGGUGUAUGCACCUUUCCCAGUUUAGCUACACCUUUCAGUUGUAUUACAUAUUCUGUUAUCAUGAACAUUUCUCAGUGGGUGUUCAGUUUAUAGUGCAACAUUCCAAACCAUAUAUUAUCCUGUAUUUUUUUUUUUUUUUACACAAAUGCUCAUUAAUUAAGAAUCUCAACAAUUAUUUUUAUGAGGAUCAUUAUUCCCCUAUCAGUGAGUUUCAGUGAUGGGGACCUUAUGUUUGUAUUCUGUCUGUCAGUCCAGCAGCACUUUUUUACAUCUAGCUUGCAGGUAUUUAUUUGAUAAUUGGUGCACUGCUUUACCGUGACAAGUUAAAGAUCAACUUCGAAUUUCGUUCUGGUACCAUGAUUUUUUAGUUAUUGCCCUUGGGACUUAUGCUAAUACUCCGUUUUACUCACUUUUUUGUCUUGCUUGCAGAUAUUUAUUUGAUAUUUAAUUGGUACGUUGCGUUAACAUGACAAGUUACAGAUCAAGUUCGAAGUUUGUUCUGACCUGUUUUUGUAAUUUUGCCGAGUUAUGUCCCUUGGAUAGAAAAUUAGUGAAAAUACAUAUUUUAUUGCAUUCUUUCAAAAAUUAUGCGUAAGGUUUAAAUUCCAUUCUCAUCAAGAGAUUUUUCUGCUGGUAGGGGACUAUGUUAUUGCCAUACAAUACUCUCAAAAUGUUUGUUGAAUAUACUACCUAAUAUAUUUUUUAUUUGUUUCUAAAAUGAUGUUUUAUCCUUUAAUUUCAUUAUCAUAUUAUUUCUGUGCAGUUUUACAUUAUUGCAAUAUUUUUGAGAUAUUUCAAUGUACAUUCCUCAAUGUUAAAUACUGAUAUUAUAUAUAAGCACAUUCCAACAACACUUGAUACCUUGAAGUCUUGAUCCACAAAGUACUGGUCCAAUACAAUGUAUUAAGCAACUGAAAUAACUGUUUGUUAUUGGCCAUUUUAGUGCUUUAUAUCUAGAUAUUGUUUUAAUGUUGAUUGUUUGCACCUAACAUUCCUUAAUACAAUAAAUCUGACAUUUGAUGCAGGUUUUUUGCGGUAUUGACUCUGCAACAGAACAGUACUAGUAAUAUUAAAGUGUUUGUUCUUACAGAAUUAUUUUUUCUAAGGAGAAUUUUUUUGCAGUCAGUAUUGAAUUUUACGGCCUGUAUUGUAAUCAAGUGGAUUGUUAUUGAUUGGCAACCGUAAACCAAUUACAAAGUAAAAAUAAACGUUAGGCUCUCAGAUUUCCUGUUUAUGGAAUAGAUAUCUAUUUGAACAUUUUUACGAUUGAUUUUUUUUACCAACACCAAGAUGAAUGCAUUACGACCUCAGAACAACAGAUGAAUUUUUUUUUUGUUGGUCCCCAGGUUGAUGGGGCUAAUUCUGAACAAUACAUGUCUAUUGAAUGUACAUAUAAUAUUGUUGAUUUUUCUGGUAGGGAUCUUGUCUUUUGCUUUUUGUGGAAUUUUUCUUGUGUUUUGUAAGAGAAAUCUAUUGUACAAGUUUUAGAUCAUGGUUUCGGGAUUCAAUGCUUGAGAAGAUUUUAUUAAAUUGUGUACUUCCCUUGUUUUGAGACUUAAUUGUACUGAUCAUAAAUAAAGUCUGCCUGUAAUAUAA